UCCUGUUUGAAAAUGUCAAAGGCUGGAAUUCUUCUUCAGGUCAGACAUGAAUCAGGAUUCAUUUCGCCUCAGCUCAAAAAAAAAACCGGUCACACUUUACAGUAUUAUUUUUCUGAAUUGCAUCUCUCUUAGUAUACGGCUCUCUUUCAUCAUUUCACCACAGAUACUGUCACUGUGCCAGACAUCAUUAAUCUUCAGGCUCUGGACAUGUGGAGACUGGAGAUUGAGUGGAUGAUGAAUCCGAAUGAAGAACAGAGAAAUCAAACCUAUGAAAUACAAGUUGGACGCACAACAAACAUGGAUAUUGUUGACAGCAUGAAUGUAAGCAGGAGAUCACUGGAAGCUGUCCACACACUGGUUUGGAUCUCACAGCUCCCGCUGAACUGUGUCGAUCACUCUGUUAGAAUAAGACUCAUCUCUGAGGCUUCAGCAUCCAGCUCCUGGAGUUCAUGGGAAACCAUCUCUGGGGAGAUAAGCUUAGCCCACAAUCAAAUCAAGCUGUUUCCAGAUGACCAGGUGCUACGGGAGGGGUCUACGGUGAUGUUCUGCUGCAUUUAUCCCACAGACACACACAUCACCUCUAUGUACUACAACAACACUAAAUAUCAAGUUAUCAACAUAAGCCCACGGGUCAAAACCAUUCGAGUGGAAAACAUCAACGCCACAAAUCAUUUCGGUGUCAACUUCUACUGCGACGUGAACGGAGAUGUAGCCUAUAACAUUGUCAGCUUUCCUCCUGAGAAACCAUUGGAUUUUAGAUGCAAGACUGAAGACAUGAGACUCGUGCGCUGCUCGUGGAAGAUACACAGAGCUCUUUACCUAACAGGCGACCAGAGAAGGAAGUACACAUUACUGAUCAGUGACUCCAAGGCUGUCGGCUGUGAUGUGGAGAGCACAUCCUGUGCUUUUGAUGUCAUCCAACAGCAGAUCACCUACAACACCACAUUACUUGUGACAAAUAGUUUGGGGCAAGAGAGCGAGACCUACAUAUUCAAUAUCACAGACAGAGUUUUUCCAGUCCCUGAGGAUCUUCAAGUGAAUGAAGGUGUGUUUGAUUCAUUGGUGAUCUUACAGCUGGAUGGGAGUUUCGAAGGACUUCCGCUGAUUUGCCAGAUUGAACUUAAACCAGGAGGGAUAAAACAGGUCUUAGAUAAGAAUGGAUCUGACUCAAUGCAGUCUUACGCAUUCAAACUGCAGCACCUGAAGCCCAGCACGCAGUACUCCAUUAGGGGGCGCUGUGCAGUACAGGGGAACGACUGGGGACGAUGGACAACACAAAAAAUAUUCAACACAGUGCCACUAGUGACCAUAGAUCUGUGGAGACAAAUCAGGGACCAUCCCAAUCGCACCGUCACACUGCUGUGGAAAACAGUCAGCAGUGACUCAGACUUAUAUAUUGAAGCCUAUGAGGUGUGUGUGAGCUACAGAAACACAGAGAGGAGCAUGUGCAUGAACAUCACACACACACAGGUGAAACUAACCAGAGAUGUGAAUAUGUAUGACAUCACCGUGAGGGCCGUCAUUCAGUCUGGCUUAUCUGAACCAGCCAGCAUCACUAUUCCUUUAACAAACAGCAUGCUGAUGGAGAAGAGGAUUAUGGGUAAUGAAAAGGGAUUCCAGCUGACCUGGACGAGGGACUCGACCACCACAUGUGAUUACAUCGUAGAGUGGUGCAUCCUGGGUGUUAAACUCCCCUGCAACUUACAGUGGAGAAGGGUCCCACCUAAUCAGAGCUCCUUAAACCUGAACGCAGGAGACUUUAAAGCAGGAGUUCUAUAUGAAUUUGAAAUCUACGGGUGUAGUGCUGAGGGACAUCGACGCCAUGAGAAACAGAUCGGAUAUUUAAAAGAACAGAAGCCCAGGCAGCGCCCUACACUGGACUCUAGCCCAAAUAUAACAUGGUCAUCUGUAAACCUGAAAUGGAGUUUCAAUGAGAAGGAUCCGAGUCACACUGGAUUCAUCACGGGAUAUGUGAUUAUGGUUCAAGAUGAUUCAGAGGCUGCCUCUGUUCUUAGUUCCUUCAGGCAGUCAGUGGACGAUCCUCACAGCAAGUCCUGGACGGUCAGUGGUCUUGAGGAGGACCGGCUGUACACUUUUCAGCUGGCAGCGUGUACGUCUGCAGGCUGUGGACCAGAAAGCACCGUCGUCUUCAGAACCAGAAAGAACUUUUACCUGCUGACGGUCAAGGUUGUGGUUCCUCUGGUGGUGUUGGUCGGAUGUUGUGUUUGUCUGUGGUCGUACAGAGACCUAGGACUUCCAGAAGAAUCGUUCGGCUUUCUUCAUGUGAAAGCGUUGGACCUGGACGAAGAUCUUUAUAAAGCGAGUGAAAAGAUCCAUAGUCUGAUGAUAGAGGACUGUAAAUGGUGUGAGGUCGAGAUUUUAGACGUGCGACCCGUCACAACAGAGAAAACAUGGCUGACAGGCACAGAGGAUCCGAGUUGUUCCUUGAUUACUCCUGAAGUCACGCCACCAUCCUGCCAUCGUACCACAAACCUCACAAACUUCACUUACGUGUCCUGUGUGCACCAAGAUCUGCCUUCAGAGGAACUGCAGACAGAAGCCACAAAACAGGAGUCGCAGAUCCCGGGCUUUUCGACUGACUAUGUCACUUCCGUAGUCACAAUUCCUGAAAACGCAGUUUCAUACACACCAAAGCAAGCAAGCUAG